AUGGAGUCCACUGAGAAUGGGAGCGUGUCAGUUAGAGAGUUCCAUGCGAAUGGAAGCCGCAUGGUUGCAUCAGAAGUUGAGGCCAAACUUGAUCAAGGAAAUAUUCAAGAGGCAGAAGAUUCUUUGCGAGAAGGAUUGUCGCUAAAUUUUGAGGAAGCAAGAGCUCUUCUUGGUAAGUUGGAGUAUCAAAGAGGAAAUGUAGAAGGUGCUCUUCGUGUGUUUGAUGGGAUUGAUCUCCAAGCUGCCAUACAGCGGUUGCAAUCUUCCUUUUCUGAAAAAACAACAGUCAAGAAAGGUCGUACUAGCACUGAAUCAGCCUCCUCAGCCUCUCAGCAUGCAGCUAGUUUGGUGCUUGAAGCCAUCUACUUAAAAGCCAAGUCUCUGCAAAAACUGGGGAGAUUUACUGAAGCUGCUAAUGAUUGUAAACGAAUUCUUGAUGCUGUUGAGAAGAUAUUUUAUCAGGGCAUUCCUGAUGUUCAAGUGGAUAAUAGAUUGCAAGAGAUAGUCAGCCAUGCAGUAGAGAUCCUUCCAGAGCUUUGGAAACAAGCUGCUUGCUAUGAUGAGGCAAUUGCAGCCUAUAGGCGAGCCCUUCUUAGUCAAUGGAACCUUGAUAAUGAUUACUGUGCAAGAAUUCAGAAGUCAUUUGUUAUUUUUUUGCUAUACAGUGGGGUGGAGGCAAGUUCACCUAGCUUAGGAGUUCAGGUUGAUGGAUCAUACGUGCCUAAAAAUAAUCUUGAAGAGGCCAUUCUGCUAUUGAUGGUUCUUUUGAGAAAGUUUAGCCUUGGUAAGAUGAAAUGGGAUCCUUCAGUCAUGGAGCACCUUUCUUUUGCACUUUCUACGUGUAGCCAAACUUCUAUUUUAGCAAAGCAACUUGAAGCAUUGAUGCCUGGAGUAUACCAUCGAAUUGAUUGUUGGAAUUACUUAGCUUUAUGUUAUUGUGGAGCUGGAGAAAAUGACACGGCUUUGAGUCUGCUAAGAAAGUCUUUGCACAAACAUGAACGACCAAAUGACCUUACAUCAUUGUUGUUAGCAGCCCGGAUCUGCAGUGAGGAUCCUCAUCUUGCUGCUGAGGGAGUGAACUAUGCACAGACGGCAGUCAAUAAUGCUAAUGGUCAAAAUGAACAUUUGAAAGGUGUUGCUCUUCGGAUGUUGGGACUUUGUUUGGGAAAGCAAGCUAAGAUUGCUUCCUCUGACUUUGAGAGGUCUCGCCUUCACUCCAAAGCUUUGGAGUCAUUGGUGGCGGCAAUAAAAUUGGAGCCUAACAAUUCUGAUCUGCUUUUUGAAUUGGCUGUUCAUUAUGCACAGCACCGAAAUUUGACUGCUGCUUUGCGCUCUGCGAGGCAUUUCUUUCAUCAGACAGGUGGUUCUGUGUUGAAGGCUUGGAGAUUGCUUGCUCUAAUUUUGUCUGCACAAAAAAAAUUUUCAGAAGCUGAGAUGGUAACAGAUGCUGCUUUAGAUCAGACUGCAAGAUGGGAGCAGGGGCCUCUGCUUAGGCUGAAAGCAAAGCUUAAGAUCUCCCAAAAACGACCCAUGGAUGCUAUUGAAACUUACCGAUACCUUCUUGCAUUGGUUCAAACCCAGAAGAAAUCAUUUGGAUCUCAACAAAUUGAUUCAAAGGCUGUGGAUGAUAAAAUAAAUGAAUUUGAAAUUUGGCAUGGUCUAGCAAAUUUAUAUGCUAGUCUUUCUCGUUGGAAGGAUGCUGAAAUAUGUCUCCAGAAGGCCAUGGAGUUGAAGGAAUACUCUGCAGCAUUAAUGCACGCUCAAGGUGUUUUGCUUGAAGGACGUGGGCAAAAUGAUGAAGCUCUUGUUGCUGCCAUUAAUGGUGUACUAAUUGAACCAACCCAUGUUCCAUGCAAGAUCUUCAUGGGUUCUAUGAUUCAUAAAAUGGGUCCAAAGUAUUUGGAUUCUGCAAGAAGUUCAUUGUCUGAUGCACUCCGAAUAGAACCCACAAACCGGAUGGCUUGGUAUUACUUAGGAUUACUUCACAAGAACGAUGGCCGAAUAGGUGAUGCUGCUGACUGCUUCCAAGCAGCUUCCAUGCUUGAAGAAUCUGAUCCCAUCGAAACUUUCAGUUCUGUACUUUGA